GUCAAUGUCAAUGUUUCUUUCUAGGGCCUAUGGCUUCAGAAUCCUGAAGUUCGUUUUUUAUAGGAAUUUCAGCAUAAUUUGUAUAUAUUCUGUUGUUAUUAUACGUGCUUUUUUAAAGGAAAUUACAAUACUAUGACACUCAUUUCGAAAUUAUUACCUGUUUUGCGUACAACAAAAACUGUAGAUUUGGUACCAGUUGUGAUUGGAUCAACUAAAUUUGUUUAUGGCAGGUGUUAUUCUACUAAUAAAAACACCGGAUUGACGAAAAGCCAAGAAAGAGCAGAUGUCUCCACUGAUGUUCGACCUUUGGGGGAAAAAAUUAAAGAAACCACCAAAACUGUAUCAUAUACAGGUAUCAUAUUACUUGGGGUGGGAGUUACAGGAGUAAUUUUCUUCUACGUAUUUAGAGAAUUGUUUUCAAGUAAUAGUGCCAACAGUAUAUACUCUACGGCUCUUGAGAAAUGUAAAAAUGAUCCCCGAGUAGAAGAUGCACUUGGUGCUCCAAUUAAAGGGUAUGGUGAAGAAACCACAAGAAGAAGACGAACACAUGUCAGCCAUGUAGUUUAUGAAAAAGAGGGAGUCAAACAUAUGAGGAUGAAAUUUUACAUAAAGGGCAUUAGGAACAAAGCUGUUGUUGAAUUGGAUAUGAAACAGAAUGAUUAUGGUAAUUACAUGUGCCGGUAUUUACUUGUACAACUUGAUGACUACAGUGGAAAAACUUUUAUUAUUGAAGAUAACAGAGCAGAGUUGGACAAUCAGAAUAAGUUUGGAGGGGCAUUACCUGCUUUAACACUUCAUCAGUAACUGUAAUAGAUUUGAAUGUAAAGUGUAAAUUAAAAUGUAGAUAAGUAGUAUUGAAUAUUAAAUGUACAUACUGGACAGAUGUAAUAUGUGAAUAUACGAUUGAUACACU